AUGUCUACCUUCCAAGCAGUCAAUACCACAUUGUCGGUCCCAGAUGCGCCACAGGGCCGCCCGGGUGACGAGACGACGCCGACUACUCCCCGACCGAACAGCAGGUUCUUUGCUGAAUCGAAAGCGGCCGAAGAGAUCCGUGCCGAAGACCCAUCGGCUAAGACGCCUACACGCAACACCUUCGCGGGACCGGGACUUGUUGGUCAGCGACCACUGCCCUCAUCGCCGUUUACACCCGGCCGCGAGCUGAGCGAGACACCUUCAGCUUCGAACAAGAGCGAACAAAGUAGAGAAGACUCGCAUAGGCCAACAACCUCGGGAGGGGAUGUGCAUAUGGGUGACGAUGAUGACGAGAAAGACGGCUCAGACAACGAUAGCGUAACCAGCGAUUCGAACCGGCCGUCGAAAAAGAAGAAGGGACAACGCUUCUUUUGUACCGACUUUCCGCCGUGCAAUCUAAGCUUCACGAGAAGUGAGCAUCUGGCACGACACAUUCGGUACUAA